UCACAUCUGACAAGCACAGCUCUAUGGAGAUGUCAGGCAACACGGUGGAAUUAAAGACACAGGUGUGCGCACACAACGGCACGUCAGGAACACAUCUGCUGCCGUCUUUGUUGGGGGAGAUGCCGGGACAGACAGUACAACGUCGCAAAUCGAUUUCUGUAAAAGUACAAUAAAAUAAAACCAUGAAGAAUUUAAGUAAACGUCAACAAUGAAAACUUUAUGAAGCUGCCAGAUGUAGCCAAACCUUGGAGCUCUCCAUUGCAACCUUGCCUCCUCCCUUCAACUCUGCUUCCCAUACGCCCUCCCCCUUUCACUUAAUCUCUCCCCUCUCUCUCUCUCUCUCUCUCUCUCUCUCUCUCCCUGUGUCUCACCCACCUUCAUGCACAUUCGGAAACACACACACAAACAGAAAACGAGGAGAAAGCCAGAGAGCGGAACUGCGGCGGCACGAUGGGGAUAUUCUGCCUGCGUGGGCUCCGUCACUGAGGGUGUCCGGAGUUCAGCUACAGCGUGCGCACCUCUAUGGGUGUGAGUGUGUGUGUGAGUGUGUGUGUGUGUGUGUGUGAGUGAGUGUGUGUGAGCGUGGAUACAUUCAGGCUUGAGUGAGUGAAAGCAAUCGACACCGCGAGGGGGGGAAAGGAGAGAGGGGGGGAGAGGAGUGUUGACUCAGUCCGGACGCCACAGGAUCAGAGGACGCGGAUGUGCGACAACUACUCCCAACAGCUGCCGCCGCUGCCGCUGCUGCUCUGCAUGGCUUCGUGUCCUCUCAACUUCUGCCAUGGAAAAGCCUCCUCUCCCAGCUCGCCUCUAAUCCGCUGAGGGGAACGGGCAUGCAUGGGCACAAGCGGGGAUCUAGGCUAUCGCAUCUUUUACGUCAGCAUCUCACAGUCUGAGGAAACAUGGUGAGCAAGGAGGGUGGCAAAUGCCUGCUCACCAACUCAGAGUCUGACUCGGAGGCAACGCCUUUGCCCUCCACCUCGCUGGCGCUGGAGUACUCCUUGGAAGCUAGUCGACAGGUGAGGAAGAGAAACAAAGCCCUGCAAGUGCGCUUCAAGGACAUCUGCGAGGCACAGAACGAGCAGAGGGAGGCGGAGCUGCAGGCGGCAGGAAAAGGCGGCAAGCCAAUGUCGUACAAAGUGGCGUACCGCAAGUACAUGACCGUCCCCGCCCGCCGAUCCAUCCCGAAUGUCACGAGGAGCACGGGCGUCCAGACGUCCCCCGACCUGAAGAAACGCUACCAGACCUUUCCCUUUGAGCGCAAGAAAGGCCACACGUUUAAGCAUGUGGCGGCAGUGGAGACGUAUAAAGGUCAGGACAACGGCUUUGUCGUGGAGGCGAAGCAAUCCAAAGCGGCCGAGCAGGGUUUAGACGAGGAGGAGGAGGAGGGAGCGAGCAGGGGGAGAGCGGUCCUGAGGACCAGGGCUCUGCUCCAUACUAAUGAGUGCAUCGCCACAGUGGAGCAGCACAGCACACCUGACGGCCUGUGCUCUGAUGCUCUGCAGCUCAGUUGCACUGCAGACACAGACUGCCUCGCGGGUACGCCGAGCGGAAGCGGAGCCGGAACACAGGGGGAGUACCAGCUUUGCAGCGUCCCGUCCAAAGCCGGAACUGGAUUACAACACAGGGAGUCGGAGGUAGACCGCCUGGCCAAGAGGCAGCUGCUCAAUUUGGAGGAAGGCUCAUCCCGAACUCUCCCAGAUCGAGCCUCCAAGGUUACAGGCCCCAUCGCCUGGAACUCUCUCACACAGGUGGAGUGUCUGGACAGUCCGUCUGUGCAGAGCAAGAGGAAGAAGGGCCUGCAGCUGAACGGAAUAUCGAGUGAAACUCUGCCGCGAGCCGGCAGGGGCUGUACGACGCAGGCACAGUGCAACACGGGAAAGCUCUCAGCCCGGCCUCUACGGGGCAUGGAGGAGCCUCUGUCAGGGUGCAUGGGCGGUCAGGCCGAUGGGGCCUCGUCUGACCAAACACAAGAAGCCUGCAAGCAAAUAGUGCCUGUGAACCAGGAUGGGGAUGUAAAAGCACAGCUCCAAGCCAUGGAAAACCUCAUCAGCUCCAGCCAAGAGACCAUCAAGGUGCUGCUGGGGGUCAUCCAGGAACUGGAGAAGGGAGAGGCACACAGAGAAGGACUCUCCUAUCGAACCGGACAGGACACCGCCAACUGUGACACAUGCCGGAACAGCGCAUGCAUUAUUUACAGCGUGGAACUGGACUUCAAGCUACAAGAGGACAAGCUGCAGCCACUGAUGAAAAGGCUUUGUCCUCCGAUGGACUCGCACUUCCCUCCCCUGCCUUACCCGCAGGAGGCCUUCACCUCCACCCCAAAACGCAAGUCCAAAGCUGAAUCCAAGAAGCAUGCCCGCUGGAAACUUUGGUUCCUGUGAGAGCUACGGGAUGGUCUUCAAAACACGAAUCCGACACAGGAUUUAAGCGGGGAAUCUAAAAUUUCUUCACUUUAUUUUGUUUUCACACCCUGCAGGAUUUUAUAGACCUGCUAGGCACUUUAGUGGAGAGCUCUGGAUACGCCAAGAUGGCAGGAUAAGUGAUAGAAGCGUUGACUGCAUGGAUAACUCAUAUGGUCACGGCCAACAAAAAUGGAAUAAGUCAUAACUUUGCCCAAUUUCCUGAAACAGCAACAACAGGGAUUCAGAGAACAGCAAGGCGAGGGGACGGGUUUACUUGCUGCUGUCCCUUGGCUUCUAUUUUUGAUAACUGAUGUAGACCUGCUCCUGUUUCGUGCGGACGGAAAAACGUCCGCCGUGUUUCUAUUCGGCUGGUUUGGGUCUUCUUUUUCUCCUCAGCCUCCAGGAGAGGCUGGUCGCUCAACGCUGAACCUCCAUAAACAGCAUAUCAUUGUACUGCAAAGCACAACUAAUACUUUUCAGGAAUCCAUACCUCCAGAAUAACCAGAGAGAAUCAUUUUGAUCAGCUCUUACCAACUUUACAUGACGGAAUGAGGAUCUUCAUUAGCAAAAGACCUAAAGGAGAAUACAUCAGAGAUGUUUUUUUUUUUUUGUUUUUGUUUUGGGAGUUCUGUGAUAAACCUUCUUUUCACUGACAAAAUGUGUCAUAAGAAUAUCUGACUUUGGAGAAAAUAAUGAAUAAAUAACGCUUAUUUUCUUAAUAACA